AAGACUAAAAUUGUCCACGGUUACAUGCCUUAUAGUUUUGUGGUCUAGAAAGAAAGGAAGUAGAUAUACCCCAACUCAACAUGUCCCUUCAAACUCCACCACAAAUCACCCAUCCUUAACAAGAUUCUAUAAUUUGAACCCUUUUCUUCUGUUCUGUGUUUUUCUCUUAAGAAGAUUCAUUUUACUUUAGUCUUCAAACACAAAAACACACUCAUUCAUUCAUUGCCAAUAAUAAUUAUGGCUUGUUCAUUGCAAGCAACCAUAUCAGCCAACACAUGUGGCUUCUCUACAAGGAAAUUCUCCAUGAAGCACCAAAAGAUUAGCAAGAGAAGUUCAUGCAUGUUCAUUGUUAGAGCAUCUUCUGAUGACUCUGAUUGCAAUGAGGAAGAAUGUGCCCCUGAUAAGGAAGUUGGGAAGGUGAGUAUGGAAUGGUUAGCAGAGGAGAAGACGAAAGUAGUAGGUACAUAUCCACCAGGUCGUAAGAAGGGUUGGACAGGCUAUGUUGAAAAGGACACUGCCGGACAAACAAACAUAUAUUCGAUCGAGCCAUCAAUUUAUGUGGCAGAAAGUCUUAUAAGUUCAGGAACAGCCGGUUCUUCUUCUGACGGAGCUCAGAACACAGCAGCAAUUGCAGCUGGUCUUGCGCUGAUCUCAAUUGCCGCGGCAUCAUCAAUACUUCUACAAGUUGGUAAGAAUACUCCUCCUCAGGUCCAAAAAGUGGAAUACUCUGGACCAUCACUUAGUUACUACAUCAACGAGUUCAAAACACAAGAAAUUACUCAAGCGCCCACCACAGCUACCGAGACAGAAAUAUCACCACCUGUUCAAGCUGAGAGCACCGAGACGGAAAUAUCACCACCUGUUCAAGCUGAGAGCUCCGAGAACGAUGCAUCAUUAUCUGUUCAAGCUGAGAGCUCCGAGACUAGUGCAACAUUAUCUGUUCAAGCUGAGAGCUCCGAGACUGAUGCAUCAGUAUCUGUUCAAGCUGAGAGCUCCGAGACCGGUGCAACAUUAUCUGUUCCAGCUGAGAGCUCCGAGACCGAUGCAUCAGUAUCUGUUCAACCUGAAAGCGCUCCUGCAGAAGUUUCUCAAGCUCAAGUUGAAUCUGAAAUUCAGCCAGAGACCUCAGGUUUCAAUUGGUAACAAUAUCUUAACUGAUUACUUUGUGUGGUCACUUUUGCUUUAUAAGCAUGGCAAAGUAUUUCAUUUGUGUUGAUAGUAUGAGCUUAUGUAUACAAGGUUAAUGGAUGGAAAUGUUUUUGCUACCAAAUUAAGUGUGUUUAUAUAUUGAUGUGUUUAUAUAUUGAUAAGGAAAGAGAGAUGAUAUCAGUGAACACAACUUAACUAAAGGUCAAGCCUUACAUUUCUAACUUUUUUUCUAUAUAAUCCUCAAAAUAGUGAAACCAUAUUUGAAA